AUGGAAAAAAUUGAAUAUCGUGCCGUUAUAAAGUUCCUUACCAAGCAAGGAAAAUCAGUUGCGACCAUAAUGGAUGAGAUGUCAUCGGUUUACGGUGACUCUUGUCCAGGAAAAACCAUGGUGUACAAGUGGCACAGUUUGUUUAAAAAAGGAAGGGAAUCCCUUGAAGAUGACCCGAGGCCGGGCAGGAGCAUCGAGGUGACCACGCCAGAACUUAUUCAAAAAGUCGAAAAACUUGUACUCAACGAUGCUCGACUAAAGAAGAAACAACUCGCAGAAAUAGUUGGCGUAUCCGAUACAACCAUUUUUAAAAUCCUGCACGAUCAUCUUGGCACGACUAAGGUCAGCGCAAGAUGA